AUGGAGAAUUUUAACCGCCUUCCGUUUGAUAUUACAUUAGACAUUUUCACGCGAUUACCAACUGAAUUAGUUGUAGAAUGCAAAGUGGUAUCCAAAACAUGGAGAGAUCUUAUUCAACAUCCAUUAUUUUCUCAGAUGCACUUUAAUCGUCUCAAUCAUUAUGCUGAUCCUGGUAAGUUGAGUUUUCUGGCUUUGAAUGAGAAUGAUCAACUCCACUAUUUUGAAUAUACUGAGAAUCAUGAGACACAUAUAAGUAGAAGGAUCAAUCUAACACCUCCGUUUGAAUAUUUUUCUGUGGUUGGUUCGUUUAAUGGUUUGAUAUGUUUUAGUGAUCUGGAAGAAAGAUUUUGUAUCUGUAACCCCAUGACAAAAGAGUAUGUUAUUCUUCCUAAACCUAAAAAAAACUUUCGUGGGUAUAGAUAUUGGUUGUGCGGAUUCGGUUACCUUCCUUCAACCAAUGAAUAUAACGUUGUCGCAAUUCAUAAAGAAAACCUUGACCCUGGUUUAAUACACGUCAUGUUAUAUACUCUUGGCCGUGGCAAUGGAUGGAGAAAUGUUGGGAAGUUUGAGUCUGAAGUUCUCAAUGUUUACGGCAGAAAUAGUGUCUGUUGUAAUGGAUCUCUUUAUUGGAGGCACGGUAAAAGAAGAAUUAUUUCUGUCUUCGAUUUGUCUGAUGAAAACUUUAGCGAACUGCAGCUUCCACCAACUCCAACUGAUUUCCUACAAAGCAGUUAUGGGAGUCCCUAUAAAUUUGGGGUUCUUGGUGAGUAUUUGUUCUGUAGGCAGACGUAUUACAAAUCCUACACAGGACAAUCAUCUGAUGCCUUUUGGCUAUAUAAGAAAAGAAAUGAUGAUGAUGACAUAAAAGGGAAUGUGGAACCAUAUCAGUCUUGGGGUUGGACUGAUGAGUUUCAACUUCCAGAAGGACAACAACCAUUAGCCUUUACGAAGAGUGGUGAAAUCGUAAGCUACAGUUCUGGUUGUCUCAAUAUUUAUGAUCCAAAAGCUUCUACCUCGAUUAUUUCGUCAAAUGGAUAUUGGCAGCAGAAUUGCUGGGGAUAUCUGCAUAUGACAACAGAAUAUUACUGGAAUUCACUUAUUGUUGACUAUGUUGCUAGGUUUAUUCAGAUAGACCCCUUCUUUCCCAAAGUACAAAUUGGACAGAAUAUUACUGACAAUGUUGACUGUUUUUUAACUCUAGCUCUGAGGUGCAUGGACUUGCCUUUGCCGAAAAGUACCUACUGUGCUAGAACUGGAAUUCACCUUAUAGAAAUUUACAACAGUGAGAUUUAG